GUAUGUAUGUAUGUAUGUAAACAUGUAUUUAUGUAUGUAUGUUUGUACGUACGUAAGCCUAAAAGUUAUUUUUCUUUCUUUCCAGACAAACAAGUUCGUGACAGGUUUCAAAAUGAUCCGUUCAAAAAAGCUUGUGGAGGCGUGCCAGCUGAAAUUGUGUUCAUAAUUGAUAGCUCUCGCAGUAUAUAUCCCCCCUAUUUCAAGGAACAGAUAAAAUUUGUUGGAAACUUUGUGAAAAUCUUUACAAUAGGACCUAACGCUGUGCAAGUCGGUGUCGUAACCUAUGGUGACAUAAUUAUUCCACAAAACACGUUCCUCUGGAAUAAGUACCAAGACGAAGUGAGUCUAGUAAAUGCCAUCUCUAAUAUUGGAUUCGAUUAUAAUAAUGGUGGGACCACACAAACUGCGAUGGGCAUCAGAUAUGCACGCGAAGAAAUGUUCAGUAAAAGCAAACGAAGAGGUAUUCAGAAAAUUGCUAUUCUGAUCACAGAUGGCGUAUCGACGGAUCCUCCUGAAGCCGUGCAAGAAGCAGAAGCAUUACGAAAACUGGGCGUAAUGUUAAUCGGUGUUGGUGUUGGCGAUAGUGCUUCAAAACCAGAAUUAGUACUCCUCACGGGUGACUCAUCUCGUGUCUUCAUGGUUUCGGGUUACGAUCUGUUGGAUACAGUUAAACAAAAGUUAGAGUUGAAAGCCUGCCUGCCUCCAACCACUACUCCGCCACCAACUACUCCCCCACCGAAGGAACAACCAUGUGAGAAAGACAUAGACGUAAACUUCGUGUUUGAUUCUGGUAUGUUGGGUGACCAAGGUACGGCGAACGUUGUUAAAUUCAUCGAGAGUUCAAUUUCUGGUAAGGAUCUUUCUAGAAGCAACAUCAGAUUUGGAACAGUUGCUGGGCCGUGCAACAAAGUCUAUGGUUUCGCCUUAAAUCGGUAUCGAACCAAAGAGGAUAUAAUGAGACACUUCGACCAAUUGCACCAAACGUCCCUCGCACCUCUUCUAACGGACACCAAAGACAAAUCUUUCAGCUUUCAAAGCGGCGGCCGUCCUGGAGCGCGUAAGGUCGCGGUUAUUUUCCUAAAAGGAAAACUGAACGAUCCAAGCGGAGUGGCUGCAAGAGCGAGUGCCCUUCGCAAUAGUGGCGUUGAGGUGUUUGUCGUUAACAUGGAUAACAUGAAUUCGAGACAGACUUUGGAAACCAUUGCAUCACCCGGCAAUAUUCUGGACGGCGAUCGGGGAACGAGCAUGGUGCUGUUGAGCAGGCAAUUCUCAGACCGGCUUUGUAGACUUUAAAAACCUGGUUCUCCCUCCAUGGAACAGCAGAAUUUACCAUUUUUUAUUUUUUUAAUCAUUUUUUUUCCAAAUUCACGAAUGGACACACGUACUAUAUACGAUGAAAUACACACACAUA